CACUCACACACCCGGAAAACAAGCCGCUGCAAAAAUGUCUGACUUCAGCGAGGAUCAGAUUCUUGAAUUCAAAGAAGCCUUCCUCCUGUUUGACCGGACGGGAGAUGGGAAGAUCACAUACAAUCAGUGUGGGGAUGUGAUGCGUGCGCUGGGCCAAAACCCUGUAAAUGCUGAGGUGCUCAAGGUCUUGGGCAACCCAAAAGCAGAAGAAAUGAACCAUAAACUGCUGGACUUCGAGCAGUUUCUGCCCAUGCUCCAGGCCAUCGCCAAGAACAAAGACCAGGGCACGUUUGAGGACUUUGUGGAGGGGCUUAGAGUAUUUGACAAGGAAGGCAACGGCACAGUCAUGGGUGCUGAGCUCCGCCACGUUCUCACCACACUGGGGGAAAAGAUGACCGAAGAGGAGGUAGAAACACUUCUAGCAGGACAUGAAGAUGCUAACGGUUGCAUCAAUUACGAAGAGCUCGUCCGCAUGGUCAUGAGCGGUUGAAGAUAAAGACCACAUCCAUUUGUUUGUCUUAUUUUCUAUGUAAUAAUUUCUGUGUAUUUUUUUUCUUCUUCCUAUUCAUUCCCUCACCUUCAUUUGCUUAGUGGCUCCAGUCGUUUUUCUUGUGUGUGUGCACUCAUUUGGGUAUUAUUAUUAGAAGUGCCUUUAUCUUCUUUAAGUUCCCAUAUGACUCCCCAAGAGAUAGAGCUCCUGUCCUGUGGUAUUCAAACCAUAUAGCGAUAUGAAAAAGAUCUCUUGUGUGCUGAAGCGCUCUGCAAUAAAAGCUCUUGAUGCAGCACAUAUCGGCAGCGUGUACGCAAUAUCUAGUGUAUCCUCAGGCAUCUCUGCUGAACUGUGCUGGAGUAGAAAUGUCGUGUCUGGCCAGAUGUUUGUUUUUGGCCUUUUCACAGUAACUUUUUCAAUUUGAGAAAUUAUGUACCAGAAAGGCAAUAACAUUUUGUUUUAAUUAACUCGGAAUGUUUUCGCGGUCCAAUAAAGUACAUUUUAAACAAA